AUGCCUUACCCCACCCCAUACACCAUUCCACGUCUCACCGCAUGCCGCGCACAACAACCAGGUGGGCAUCACACACCACGCCCACCAGCACCGCAAGCCCAUUCCCAUGCCUCCUCCCUGCCGCCCAUUCCCAUUCUCAUGCAAUCCCUUAACCCAUGCCUCCUCCCACGUCUCACCGCAUGCCGCGCACAACAGCCAGGUGGGCAUCACACAUCACGCCCACCAGCACCGCAAGCCCAUUCCCAUGCCUCCUCCCUGCCGCCCAUUCCCAUUCUCAUGCAAUCCCUUAACCCAUGCCUCCUCCCACGUCUCACCGCAUGCCGCGCACAACAGCCAGGUGGGCAUCACACAUCACGCCCACCAGCACCGCAAGCCCAUUCCCAUGCCUCCUCCCUGCCGCCCAUUCCCAUUCUCAUGCAAUCCCUUAACCCAUGCCUCCUCCCACGUCUCACCGCAUGCCGCGCACAACAGCCAGGUGGGCAUCACACAUCACGCCCACCAGCACCGCAAGCCCAUUCCCAUGCCUCCUCCCUGCCGCCCAUUCCCAUUCUCAUGCAAUCCCUUAACCCAUGCCUCCUCCCACGUCUCACCGCAUGCCGCGCACAACAGCCAGGUGGGCAUCACACAUCACGCCCACCAGCACCGCAAGCCCAUUCCCAUGCCUCCUCCCUGCCGCCCAUUCCCAUUCUCAUGCAAUCCCUUAACCCAUGCCUCCUCCCACGUCUCACCGCAUGCCGCGCACAACAGCCAGGUGGGCAUCACACAUCACGCCCACCAGCACCGCAAGCCCAUUCCCAUGCCUCCUCCCUGCCGCCCAUUCCCAUUCUCAUGCAAUCCCUUAACCCAUGCCUCCUCCCACGUCUCACCGCAUGCCGCGCACAACAGCCAGCCAGGUGGGCAUCACACAUCACGCCCACCAGCACCGCAAGCCCAUUCCCAUGCCUCCUCCCUGCCGCCCAUUCCCAUUCUCAUGCAAUCCCUUAA